ACAGCUGAUUCUCGCGCAGAGUUCGGAGCCGUCCGGCUGGGGUUGCGGCGGAAUGGAUGCUUUUGUACACUUCAGCAACCAGACGCAGGGUCGGGAGCGGCUCUUUCGAGCAACUCAGUAUUCAUGCAUGCUGCUUAGCUAUAUAUUAGAGCGUAAGAGUCACCAAGAGAAAUUGGUUAUGAAGCUCAAACUUCUGGAAUCGAGCAUGAGUUCAGGACGCAAGAUGUUUAGGCUUGGCAAUAUGGUGCACGCCAUUGUGGCAGCCCGCCAAGCUGCUCAGUUGCCCCAAGCAGUUCCUCGCUUCUGCCUGACAGCCUCCAACGUGAACCGUGCUUUGUACUUCGCCUGUGACACCGUCUUGUGGGUGAAGAGCGUUGGGCUCCACUCAGAGAUCAAUAAGAAGAAGUGGCGCAACUGGGCAACGAAAUGCUACUACUAUUCCCUGGUGAUAAACCUGGCCAAGGAUUUUUAUGAGCUCUGCUGGCGCAUGCAGCAGAUGGCAUGCAACCAGACCCCUGCAAAGCCCUUGUCUGCUGGCAGCCAGAAUUCCCAGAGCAUGACUUCCUUGGCAAAUGGUGAGCUACAGCCUUUCCUCCUGCUGGUUUUCCUCACAUUAAAGAACUGUCCACCCCUCUUGCUGGAUACGGUGAAGAACCUUUGUGAUCUCUUUAGUCCGCUGGACCGUCUGGGCAUCUACAAGACCAACCCUGGAGUUAUAGGGCUCUGCGGUCUUAUCUCCUCCAUGGUGGGAAUCCUUACUGUGGCGAGACCACGCCUACGGUUGAAACACUGACUUUGAGCCUUCUCUGAGGGCUUCCCUUUUGUACGGUGGCAUUUCAUAUCUUGUGCAUAUUGACUUCCCCUCUUUAAUACGGAGAUUUGUCCUCCCCACCCCCAGUUGAAUUCUUUCUUCUUUCCUUGUGCUGUCACGUAGGGCAGCACAAGGAACCUGGGUUAUGUUUGGAGUGGAAAAAAAUGGCCAUGGAUUGAAGACACUUCUCCAGCUAUACAACAGAAUGAGCAAAAUUCUACUGAACUGUCACUAGUCAAGGUGUGAGUGCCAAACCUUGGUGAGGAAGUCAUUCUUUUAUUCUGGGAAAGAGAAAAGCAGAUAUCAUUUUCCCCUAUCCCAAUCUUGCUUUAUUAUUAUUUGGGAUGAAUUCCAGAGCUUAACAAACCCUCUUUAACCAGGAAUAUUAGUGGGACAAAAGACUGUACAUGUCCACAGGCACUAAGUCUGUACCCAAACUGCUGUUUCUAGAUAACUUUUAAUCCUAUUCUUGUUUCUGGUUAGACUGUGGGGUUUUUUAAAUUGUUUUUUAUGCCAUGCUCACUCUUUUGCCUGUGGAAUCAAGAUGAGCAUAUGCAUCAUGAAAAAACACAUGUAAUUCCCUGAAAAAGAAAAAAAAGGAGUGGGGGCAACCUAUCAUUCUUAACUUUCAGCAAGAAGGGUGCUGGCACAGAAAAGAAUGGCUUCUGAGUGAUCUGAUCAUAACCUGGGGGGUCCUUCUGAUGAUUGGGAUAUAAUAAAUCCUAGCCAGCAGAGCCCAUUGGAAUUGUAGUCCCAAACAUUAGGAGGGUACCUUUUUAAGCUAUCCCUAGUUUAAUACACAGUGUUAAUUUAAUCUGAGCCUUUUGGUGAGACAUUCAUGCUUUUUAAGCAUCAGGAAAGAUGCCUUGCUAAUUUCAUGAAUGGUCCCAUGUCUUCUUUCACCCAGAUUCUGAAGGUGGAGAGAAAUUCCAUCCUAUUCUGUAUCAAACGGCAUGCCUGAAAAGUCAUACAGGUAACCAAGACACCCGGACAUGCCUUUUAUAGGGCUGCUGCAUGCAAAACGUUUAUUUGGCUCAGGUGCUCUUUCCUACCCCUUCAGGCAGCCUUCCCCAAUCUGCUAUCCUUUCAGAUGUGGUGGAUUGCAACUCCUAGAAGUCCCAGCCAGUAACCUAAUGUCACAAGGUUGGGGAAGGAGGGCCAGAACCUAGUGAACCAUGUGACUCCGCCACUUAAUUAGGUAUCAUUUGCUUCUGAAAUGCAUAGGUCAUGCCACUUAAAGUAGUAGAUGUUGUAUUUCCAAAACCUGGGUGCAAGUUUUCCUUCCAGGGUGUUUGGAACUGGUUUCAAGCAUACAACGGAGUUAGUGGGAAUGUGGGAACUGCACAAUACCAGUUCAUCUGUGUGCAGACAUACCUGAACUGAGGAGGGGCAUCCUUUGGUGCAGCAGUUAUCAAAAGCCAGGAGUCAGCCCUAGUUGGAUAAAAGUUGGAGGAACAACCUACAGUGGGGUGAUGUGAAAAGAAGACAUUGGCUAAUUUUGCUAGCCUGAUUCAUACAUUGUGUAGGGAAAAGAGAUGAGGUUAGAAUAUAUUAAAAGCCAGCCUGGUGAUAAUGGAUUCAGUGUUGACUUAGGUACAGGGAGUUUGGAAUCUGAAUCCCACCUCAACUCUGCAGCUUUUUGGGUGGCCUUUAAUAACUCAUGCUCUUUUGGCUAAGCUUCUCUUAAGAAUUGUUCCUAAGGUAAAAUGGGAUAACCUAACUUGUAAGCCCUGGGAACAUCUGAUGAACUGAAGAAAUACAGAUGUUGGCUGUGUAGUCCUCUCUGAGUGCCAUGUAGUAGUAUCCUCCUUUUAUUGAGGAUAGUUUUGGCAACUCAUGAGUUUAGCCCACCAGCUCUAGACCCCUUACAUAGAAAGGAGAUUUCAUUCCUUGGUAUACAGUUUGGGGCACUGUCUUUAGAUGCUAAGA